ACUUUUUUUUUUUUAGUUUCUUGACGUUUUAAUUAAAGGAUUCAUUUCUGGCAUAAUCACGGUUCUCAGGCUUCAAAUGGCUUUGGAGUCGUCUUUGGUUGACCUGAACUUAGUAAUCCGAAAAUCCUCAGCAGCAUAGUUAUUGCGUGUUUUGGGGGUUCAGUUGAUUGAUUCAGCAAAACUGAAUAUUAGGUAAUAAUUAAAAGUUCUCUUACCACUGCAGUUCAAUUUCAUCUUUUGGUCGAGAAAUUUAACAGCAAUGGGAAAUCUUUUGUGUUGUGUGCAAGUUGAGCAAUCUACAGUGGCUAUAAAAGAAAAUUUUGGACGAUUUGAGAAGGUGCUUCAGCCAGGAUGCCAUUGCAUGCCAUGGUUCCUUGGGAAACAACUUGCUGGUCAUCUCUCUCUUCGUCUACAACAAUUGGAUCUUCGAUGUGAGACCAAGACAAAGGAUAAUGUAUUUGUUAAUGUUGUUGCUUCAAUUCAGUACCGUGCCCUGGCCGAGAAGGCCAAUGAUGCUUUUUACAAACUCAGCAAUACAAAGACCCAAAUUCAGGCAUAUGUUUUUGAUGUAAUUAGGGCAAGUGUUCCAAAGCUGAACUUGGAUGAUGCUUUUGAGCAGAAAAAUGAAAUUGCCAGAGCUGUGGAAGAAGAGCUUGAGAAGGCUAUGUCAGCUUAUGGGUACGAAAUUGUUCAAACACUGAUUGUUGAUAUAGACCCAGAUGAGCAUGUGAAGCGAGCUAUGAAUGAAAUCAAUGCUGCUGCAAGAUUGAGGGUGGCAGCUAAUGAGAAGGCAGAGGCAGAGAAGAUAUACCUCAUGACUUAUGGUAGUGAUGAAUAUGUCAAGAAUACCAAGUAUCUGUCUACUCGCAGUGUUCAAGAGCUCCUUCUUGCUAAUAAUUUAAGCAAGAGCUCCUACAGCUCUCUCAUGUCAGACUUCCUUUCCAAGCCUCCAUCUUUAAGGUACCAUUUUGAUUCUCUUUAUUUUCCUUCUAAGUUGUAA